GAGAAAGAGAUAGUGAAAGAGGAAAAUUUUUCAACAUGAUUGGUUCUUACCCUUGGUUCUUGUCGGAUCUAAAUGCCUAAACCAAUCAUACGAAAGAAUUUUACAACAGUUGCAAAUCUGCUUCUUCCGCUGAUCGCAGCCAAUGAUCGGGCACGACCGUCUGAACACUUGAUGCGUUAUGACUGUCGGACGUGUGGCAUCACUGCCGUUUGCCGGAUUCAAUAUGUAGGAGCGCAUUUAAAUUUACUUGUUCCAUCAAAUAUCGACGAUGAUGGAUUUUAACGACGGUGUGGACGGAGAGCUGGCCUUCAGAAUGCGAAAGGUCAAUCCCGAGCAGUUUCACACGCUCGUAAAAAUGCACCUGUCCUUUGAACUGGAUCUCAAUACGGAGGACGAUGGUACCACUGAGAAGGCAAGGUUGAAGAAAUGGGGUCUUUUGAGCUUCACCAAGAAGUCCAAGUCCUUGGUUAAUUUAGAAAAGAGUACGGAGGGCGUCAUGUUAUCCGAGGAUGGUAUAAAUCACUUGACGCAAUUGAUAGAUUAUCUGUCUAAGGAACAAAAUAUCAUACAGGAGGGAAUAUUCCGACGCACCGGCAAGUUAACGAGGCAGCAGGACUUGAAGACAGCUAUGUCACAAGGUGUAUUUUUGGACCUCGACGAUGGUAGAUUUAGUGUGCACGAUUGCGCCUCUGUGUUAAAAGGCUUCCUAGCGGAAUUGUCUGAACCACUUCUGACAGAUCUGCAUUAUUCUGCUUAUUGUCAAAUUGCUGAGUUAUGCAGUCUGGAUGCAAAAACAAACGACACGAGAUUAUUGAGCUCUUUACAAUUGCUGUUGUUGCUUUUGCCACCCCCUAACAGAAUUCUUCUGAAAGCCAUUCUUACUUUGUUGAAUAAGACUGCGAGUUAUGAGCACAGUAACAAAAUGAACAGUGAUACUUUGGCAACUCUCUUCACACCACAUUUAUUGUGUCCGCGAAAACUGUCACCUGAGGCACUGCACAUCAACUCUCAAAAUCUGUCAUGUCUAGUCGCAUUUAUGAUUAGGAAAGGUACGGAAUUGUUUGAGAUUCCACCAAAAUUGGCUACAGAUAUAAGAGCAUACUGGGUGGAACAAGAAAGAAAAUUGCUGAGUCCCAAGAAGACUGAUCUGAACGAAUCGGUACCCGACGCAACUAGUACAGCCCACACUGUGUUCAGUUUUGUCGAUCGUAAAUUAACGGCGAAAGCUAAUUCCACACAGGACACGCAAGCAGCCCUAGCUCAGCUGUACGCUCAUAUUCAAGCUAUGCCGGAAUCUGCUAAAAAACGGCGAUUCGUAAAGCAGUUUAACAAGGAAAACGGGCAAGGUACACCUAGGCACGUAAAAAAUUGCAAGACUAAGAGUCUCGGGGAUUCCAUCAAAAAACAUAUCUUCCAAAAGAAAAUCUUAAGCCACAAGAAAGUCAUUGACAUUAAUAUCGGAUGCAAUAUCACUAGAUCGAGCAGUGAAGAAAAUAUAUUGUCAACGAAACUAGAAGACUCGUUUAUUCCGACAAGAGCGGUCCUUAGCAAGUCAAACGACGAACUUAGCACGGAAAACUGUGAUACAACUAGUAACAAUCUUUUACAUGCCAAACACACAAGUAGUAUAGAUAGCAUUAAGAUUGGGACUUUGACGAAUCGUAAAGCGAAAAAGAAGCGAUCGAUUGAUGAAUCUACAGACGUCAGAGAGGAGUUGGAUGAAAAGAACACACAGCAUGAUACAAAAAAGGGCUUAGGUUCGAUCGAGUUCAGUUCGAGUUCUCAAGAAACUAACGUAAUGACUAACGAAGACAGUCAAUUUGACGCUGAUAAAUUAACGCGACCAUUCAGCGAGCCGCCCAACUUGUAUUCCACUCGCAGUGCAUCUCACUGUAACAAUUUUAUGAAUGACGGUAAACUGGCGCGGCGAAACUCUGAAUCUAUCCUCACAUCUGUUGCAACACCAAUUAUACAAAACUCUCCUUUAAAAACUUGUACUUUGAACAUAAAAUCAUCCGAGGCUACUCUGAAUGUUGAAUCGCAUGCCGAAAACGCUUGUACAUUCAAUUUACAAUCUCCAAAGGUAAAAAACAGAUUCAAGAAUGUGUAUGUUCAUACAUCGACGCCGAGUUUAUUGCGACGAAGCCUGGCAACUAACGACUAUAUCUUGACUCCUAUUACUAACAAUGAUAGAAGCAUGAGUCCUAUUACGCAAAGCGCGACAAAAAUGACGAAAGCCAUGCAGGAAACUAUGAUGACUCCACGCUCCAGGAAGCCAGUAAUGAUCGUUUCAACUUCGAAUCUAUGCAAUCUUGUCGCUGGCAACAACAGCUGUGAUCUGCGUGGAACAAAUCUGGAGGUGAUUAGUGCAAUAAAUAAUUGCGCUUCCAUUUUAGAGGAAUCCCAGACGUACAAUAGCAUGGACAAUGCGCAAACUCACACACAAGAUGUUAAGAAUAAAGAGAAUAAUGGAUUGGACCUAUACGAGAAGCAUAAUUGUGUACAAACUAUUGCUAACUGUUGCGCCUGUACGCAGCAAAGUUCUAUAACGAGCACAUUUAAGGGAUAUCUAUUGUCGAGAAGCAUCUUAAACGCCAGUCCCGUUGAUCUCAGUUUUACAUCGCGGACGGGAGACUUCGAACAAUCGGAAUCCGAUUUGAAUAUAUUAAACGACGAUACGCUGUCCGACAGUUUGCUGUGUUGCUUGGAUGGUAACAAUCCAGAGUCUGACACUUCCGGUAUAGCGUCCGGUAGUACAAACAGUGCGAAUAAUUCUACUGAGAAAACAGAAGAAAUACUAUCUCCGAGAAAACGAGGAACCAGUUUACAACGAAACGAUUCAAAAAAAUCUGCGAGAGAAAAUCCAGUUAAGAGCACAAGAAGCGAUGAGUGCAAACAUAAACGAGAUGAAUCGACGUUAAAUCCAGCAAAAAUAAAAGAUAGUUUUCAAGAGACAUCAUUUUAAGCUAUCUAUAUAGUUAUUAGUAUUAAUAUAUAUCGUUAAGUAGAUUUUUUUACUUUGUAUAAUUAAGGCUAAGGAGAACUGCCACGUUAAUUUAAGUUUAUCGGUAUGACUUUAUACAGUAUGUCUCACGCAAUUAGACAGAGUUACACAUCUUUAAAACGAUUGGAGAUGGAAAAAAAUAUUAAAAGCAAAAUUAAGUGAUUUUAGAUACUUCAAAUUUCUGUGUUACUUUCACAUUUUCGUACCUAAAUGACAUUAUAAAAUGCAGUUGCGCUUUUUUUAAAUGUAACCCCAAGUUUAUAAGUGCACUAAUUGAUAGUUUCUCCUUCUUUACAAAAAACUUAAUAAAGUUAUGCUUAAUAAUUAGUUUGAUUGAUUACACAAAAAUUCCUAUUAGAUAUUCGUGAUAAUUUUUGAGUAUAAUUUUCUCGUACUUUCUUGUAAAGAAAGAAAAAUUAUAUGAAUUAGUAUACUUAAAAAUUUUCCAUUUAAAAAAAGUGCAACCGCACUUUGUGACAUUACUUAUGCACAAACAAGUAAUGCAGAACUGUGAAGCAUUUAAAAUAAUUUACAUUUUUUCUAUCUUUAAUUGUAGAAGGUACACGAUUCUAGUUGCAUGGAACAUCCUGUAUAUAAUUUUUGUUUCGAAUAUAUAACAGAUUAUCCAACUGGAUUAUUUAUUCCAUUUUUGUGGAAAUUAAAUUGUUACUAACUGCACUUGAUGCGAGAUAUUUAAAAGACUCGUUUUCCUUUCAUGACAUAUAUCUUGAUAAGAUGUAAAAGCUAUGUAUUACUAUGAAAUGCAGCAAAUUAUUUUUCUACUUCAUUCUGUAAUCAUCAAAUUACAUAAUGCAUAAUGCGUUUUGAUAUCAAGUAUAAUUAUCUUGAUGAAUCUUAAAUAAGUUUGUGAUGCAAAGUUUAGAAUAUCUACAAGUAAAAUUAAACUAUAAAAAACAAAUCGCAUAAUACGGCAUUUAAUCAUGGUUACAUAUGAAAAAUUUAGAAAUUUUAAAGAGAGUAAGAGAUUAUAUUCAAGAUUAAUCUGUAUUAAUUUGUAUUUAUGUAUUACAUAUAAAGCCGUAUAAAUCUGACAAUGUAUUAUUUUUUGUUCUUAAUAUAUGACUGAUUUUUCAG